CUCUGAGCAAGGAUGGCAGGAUCUCAAGUGGUGUCUGUGCUCCAGUGGGUGCAGUGUGUGGCGGACACACUCAUCCGGCUCAUUGGCCCACUCUUUGUCCUCCUUGCCCUCACCCUCACUUCCUCGGUCAUCUACGUCUGGUGGGUCGUCCUCCUCCCUCUCCAUGUUCCUCAGGUGGUCUCUUUCUGGGGCCUCAUCCACUGCAUGGUUGCCGCCUGUCUCAUCGUCAACAUCCUCUACAACUACAUCUCAUGCAUUAUCACCCCUCCGGGAACUCCAAGCAAGGAGCAGAUGGCUGACCUGGCAGCAGAGGACGGGGACGAUGGCUCUGCCUUUUGCAAGAAGUGCAACUGCGUCAAGCCGCGCCGGGCGCACCACUGCCAUGUGUGCAAGCGCUGUGUGCUCAAGAUGGACCAUCAUUGUCCUUGGAUCCACAACUGCGUUGGAUUUUACAACCAUCGGUACUUUGUUCUCUUCCUCAUAUACAUGUGGGCAGGGUGCCUGUACGUGGCGUUCAUGUCGUCGGCGCCGUUCUUCGAGUCUGAGGCCAAGCCGUGGCCGUACCCGAUUGGGCGUGGCUCUGUUGUCUUUGUCUUUGUCCUUACUCUCUCGAUUUGCUUGGCGCUGACGUUUAUGAUGGUGUGGCAGCUGUAUCUUGUGAUCACUGCGCAGACGACGAUCGAGUUCUACUUUAACCGCUUCCGCAAGAAGGAGGCCGCCCAGCACGGCGAGGUCUGGGUCAACGAGUACGACCUGGGGACGUGGCGCAACCUCGACCAGUUCUUUGGCUACCGCGGCCAGUGGUGGCGUAUUUUCUUCCCGGCCUUCUCUCCGCCGCCGGGCGAUGGCAUCCACUAUCCGACUCUUGUCGAGUCUUCCGUCAAUUAUCUCUACGUGUAGGUGCAGUCGUGUAAAGUCUUGCCGCUCAAGA